UUCUCAUGCUGGCUGCAGUUAUGAUGCGACAUUUUCCUGCAGGCAGCAGCAUGGAGGGGAGAGUGUGCUCAGCAGUCUGAAGGUUGAUUUAUCCAGAAAUUGGAGGACCAUGGACGUCUGCAGCAAGGCUUUGUGCUACGAGCUCCUGGCUGAAGUCGGAGAAGGCACCUACGGUAAAGUGUACAAAGCCAGAGAGGUCGGGGAGAAGCAGCGCCUCCUGGCCGUCAAGAAGUUCAACAUCCACCGUGACACGGCGGACAACGGGAUCCCUGCUUUCAUGAUCCGCGAAGUGGCGCUGCUAAGUAAAAUGAAGUACUUCAAUCACCCCAACAUCGUCAAGCUGUUUGAUGCAUCUGCUGUCCCAAUGGGCCGGAGCUUGGACCUCACACUGGUGCUGGAAUACAUUGACCAGGACCUUUCCACCUACCUCUCCAAGGUUCCUGCUUCUGGACUGAGCCGUGACUGUAUUAAGGAUAUGAUGCAGCAGCUGCUGCGAGGUUUGGACUUUCUGCACACAAACAUGGUUCUGCACCGUGACCUGAAACCAGAGAACAUCCUGGUCAGCAGCCAUGGAGAGGUCAAGAUCGCAGAUUUUGGACUGGCACGCAUCUACACCUACAAUAUUGCUCUCACUCCGGGUGUGGUGACGCUGUGGUACAGAGCUCCCGAGGUGCUGCUGAACUCUGUUUACAUGUCCUCAGUGGACAUGUGGAGCGCUGGCUGCAUCUUCGCUGAGUUCUUUCUCUUGAGACCACUGUUUAAGGCAUACUCAGAGGUACAGCAGCUGCAAAAAAUCUUUGAGGUGAUUGGUUUGCCCAGUGAGGAGGACUGGCCUGAGGACAGCCCGAUCCCAUAUUCAGUGAGCUGGGGACCAAAAGGCUCCUGCACCAAGCUGCUGCACACCCUGGGCCAAGACGAGAACGACCUCCUAUCACAAUUGUUGGCGUUCAGACCAAGCAGCCGCAUCUCCGCUGCCAAAGCCCUGGCUCAUCCUUUCCUCAUGAAGCACUGAAGCUUCAGAAAAAGAAAAACUUCUCUUCUGUCAGCUAAACUGAUAAGUCCUGCGUCGUAAAACCCAUCGUACACUUUGUUCAGAACUGUGGACUGUUCAUCGUCUCAAACAUCAGUUCACCAACAUCAUGAGAAACUGCUCAGGUUUCAGGGAACAACCUUAUGGAUUUUGAGCAUCAGUGUAUAAAAAAAAAAGUUUGAUUUACUUAUAAUUUGAGUAAAAGUAUGUUCUUGGAUUACAAAAUAUUUGAUAGUACACUGUAUUUCCAUAAAACGUAGUACUACGUUGUUGAGUGUUACUAUUAAGAUUUUCUUUAAGUUUUGCUGUAAACUACCACUGAAACUAUUAUGCACACCUUAAGUUGAUGAGUUGGUUUCUGUUAUUUGGAUGAAGCUUUUUGGUUCAAGACUUUUUUAUAUGAAGUCCUUUUAUUUUUGUUGUUUUAGUGAAGAUAUUUAUGGUGUAAUCACUGCAAUAGAUUACACUUGUAUUUAUGUUUGUAUUGACAGAUUGCACAAGAUAUUUUCUACAUCAGUUGCACUGUUCAUUCACUGUUAAUUUGCACUAUCUUUCUAUAAAUAAUUGUGUGUUUAACCUG